AUGGUCUCUUCUAUCCUUCCUUUUCGAGACAUCAAUCUCCAUGCCUCCCCGGCUCACUAUGCCUUCACUUCGCCGUCGUCGCCUGAUGCUCCGGCGCUCGUGGUCGAGCGUCCAACCGGCGACCUGCGCCUGAGCAGUGGCCCGUUAUCUAAUGCAAAGCGAAUUUCCAGUAUCGCCGGUAUCCUUGGUAUUAUUAAGUUGAAGCUUGAUAAGUACAUUAUUGUCAUCACCAAGGCUCAACCUAUGGGCCGUCUGCGUGGCCAGAUGGUUUACAAAGUGGCCGGCACUGAGUUCCUUCCCCUCCGCGAGCGCCCGCUUCAUGAUCAUGACGAAGAUGCCUACCUGGCUAUGUUAAAGGAGUUGCUGCGCACCGGGCCUAUGUAUUUCUCCUACGCUUUAGACAUCACCAACAGUUUUCAGCGCCAGUCGCAGAGCGACAUCAGCCUUCCUAUGUGGAAACGAGCCGACGACCGCUUCUUUUGGAAUCGAUUUAUCCAAUCAGACCUGAUUGACUUCAGCCUCGGGGAACAUAAUUCAACAACCGUUCGUUAUGGCCCACAGCCCGGUGUCGACCCUUAUAUCCUCCCUGUGAUAUUCGGAAUGCUGCGUAUCACACCUGCGAAGGUCAAGUCUACCUCGUUUACGUUCGCACUUAUUACCCGAAGGUCGAGGCACAGGGCUGGCACAAGAUACUUCUCCCGCGGGAUUGACGAGCAAGGCCACGUCUCGAACUAUAACGAAACCGAGCAAAUUGUUAUUCUCAAUGAUUCAACCGGAGGUCUCUCCGGCUUUGCUGGUGGACAAACCAUGAAACCUACAGACUCGGGGAAAGAUCCUCAGGUAAUGUCGUUUGUGCAAACUCGAGGCAGUGUUCCCGUCUUCUGGGCGGAAGUCAACAACCUGAAAUAUACCCCAAAACUCCAAGUACGUGGAGUGGAAACCGCUGUCCAAGCCGCACGCAGGCAUUUCGCGGAGCAGAUUAAGUAUUAUGGCGACAACUAUUUGGUGAACCUUGUGAAUCAGAAGGGCCGAGAGGAACGCGUCAAAAAGGCUUACGAGCAGUUGGUCCGCAUUCUCGUGUCUGCAUCAAGCGAGGUGACGGAGGCCGAUGACGAAACAUCCGAGAAGGUGCACGUCUUGGAACCGGACCAUCCGCAGAAGGAGAUGGAUCGCCUUCAUUAUGUCUACUUUGACUUCCAUAAUGAAACAAAAGGCCUCAGAUGGCACCGUGCGGAGCUGCUGAUGGACCGUCUCAUCAAUGGUCUAAACCAGGGCGGCUAUUUCCGUGGCCUGGAGAACCCGGGUGUCCCUGGUGGGCAGCUGGACGCUCGAGCCCUACAAAGCAGUGUCGUCCGAACGAAUUGCAUGGACUGCUUGGAUCGUACGAACGUCGUCCAGAGUAUGCUUGGGCGCUGGGCCUUAACGAGACAGCUCACCGAAGCGGGCAUCCUUCGUCCCGGAGAAGCCGCGAACGACGAUCGCGAGUUUGAAGACCUGUUCCGUAACAUUUGGGCGGAUAAUGCCGAUGUCGUCUCCAAGGCCUACUCCGGCACAGGUGCGUUGAAGACUGACUUCACUCGCACUGGCCAACGGACCAGAGCCGGCAUGCUCCAGGACCUUAGUAAUUCGAUUACUCGAUACGUGCGGAAUAACUUCCUGGAUGGUCCGCGUCAGGAUGGUUUCGAUGUUUUCUUGGGGACUUAUCUUCCUCCCGAGUCGGCACUAGGAAAUCUCCAGAUUUUUGUCGAUCGUCGGCCGCUCAUCAUUCAGGCGAUUCCAUACAUCCUCGCCGCCGGCCUUUUUAUGAUUAUCGUGGCCAUGUUCACCCGACAACUUCCGGAUGCAGCCGUCUGGCCUUUGCGCUUAUUUGUCGUUUUCUGGCUGGUACUCUCCGGUUGGUGUGCUCGUUUCAUGCUUGCACACGGGAUGCUCUACGUAAACUGGCCGAAGCUAAACACACCCGCCGCCGGCUCAGAAGGCUACCAAGAUGCGCUUAUUAAAGCUCGUUCCGAUCCACUUAUCGGACAACUACUUCCGUCCAGAAGGCAUCAGAGAGGAUAUAGCAACGCUCGCCUCGGUUUCCUGGAAGAAGGGAAAACCAGAAUCGAGUAG